AUGGCAACCACGCUUGACACGGACAUCAUUCAGGUCCUGGUCGACUACCCGGACGAUCCGAAACUCACAUGGCACCACAGGUUGCUGCUGUACGAGCUCGGCCCUGGGCGCUGGGUGUGCGCCACGCCCGACUUCUUGGUCCAGGUCUUGGACCUGACCGGCCACCGCGUGCUGCCUCUGGCGUGCGCGGGGACGUGCUGGUUCGACCCGCUCACGCUCGACCAGCGGGAGGACCUCUUUCUGCGGGGCGGGCAGCUGGCGCGGGUGCUUGGGCACCAGCCUGCUGCUGGAGCGGUCGGGGCGGCGGCGGACCGGCACUGGCGCGUGUCGGACACGGGACAUGAGCGGUUCAACGAGGUGAUCGCCGACGGGGGCAUGAUCGGCGACCGUGCUGUGGGAAGGGGCGAGCCGCAGCUCGGGCGGCGGCAAGUCGGGCAAGCGGACGCGGUCACGGCCCUGAACAGCACGUUUGCCUCUCGCGUCGGUCGGCCGCUGCAGCCGCGGCGGCCGAGGCCCACCAAGCAAGUGGCCACGUCGGCUCAGCAGUCGAUCUUGGGCCGCGUCACGGAGCGGGUAGACGACCAGCGCUGGGCGUCGUCGGCGCUGGCGCCCACCGACUUCUGGCUGAUCCUCGGCGGCGCAUUGAACGACGCCCCGGGCAAAGUGGAGGUGGACGGGCCUCCGCCACGGCCCUGCGUCGACCCGCGACUUCGACGGAGCCGGAGGCUGCUGAAGGAGCUGACCACGACGCUGCACCGCGGCAACCUCGCGGGGUUCAGGCGUUCGGUGAAGGCCUUCAUCAGCCUCUUCACGGUCAUCAAGAAGUACCCGGCGACGCCUGGCGCCGCGUCCGCCCUGGACCUCAGCGACGAGGACGGCUUCUACCAGAUGUGCUUCAAAGUGAUGAGCGACUGGUUCGGCGUCGACUGCCGCAUGACCGCGGCGGAGGCGGGCAUGACCGAGGUGUUCGACGUCGCCGGCGGGAAGGGCACCUGGUUGCCUGUCGCGGCGGAGGCUGCGCGGCCCUGCUUCUGCGACGUGCCCAUGGGGUGGGCGCGGGCGUUGUAUAUCUGCCACUCCGCGCUCACCGACGCGAUGGUGGAGUCGCUCGUCCGCGCGAUGCGCUGCGACUCGGCGCUGGCGGAGGCCCAGCUGCUCCGCGAUGGGCGACCUGCGCCUCGGCUGGCCAAGGGCAAGCCCGUCGCCGCGCCGUAUGUUGACAACGGCAACUUGCUUUGCUUCGACCGCGAGGAUGUUAGCAUCUUCCACGAGUCCAUGGCCACCGUGCUUUGCGAGAGUGGCUUCACCCUGCGGGGCAACGUCGAGUGCGACCCGAACCUGGACAUGGUGGGCUUCGAGUUCCAGGGCGAAGUGAUGCGCAUUGCACUGGGCCACCUGGUGAAUUCCUUCAUGCUGGCCCGACAGGCCCUCAGUGUCCUGUCGAAGUUGCGUGGCUGUGCGAUCCUUACCGGGGUCGUCGGGGAGCGCGAGCUGCGCGACGUCUGCCAGCGGCGGGAGCGCUGGCGCUUCGCCGACGCCGAGGUGGAGAACAGCGUCUGGCUUGGCGCGAACGCUGGCGAUCGCCCUGCCCGACGCGCGGCCCGGGUGAGCAACCCGGCGCCCGUCGAGGCGAAGAUGGCGGUCGAGGCGGGGCCCCCGCGCCCCCAGGCGACUGGCAUCGCCCCCGCGCUGCCUGACAGCAUGGCUGCGCUGGGGCGCUGGCAGCGGCUGCUUCUGGGCGCCAGGCAGAGGCGCGAGGCGAUCCACAUGAAGGAGGCGAGGAUCGCGAUGACAGGGCUGUACCAUGCUGCGCGGGACCCCGCGAGUCAUGGCGGCGCGGCCCUGUCUCUCGGCGACGUUCUCUCGGAGGUCGCGGCGACAGAACGGAGCCGGGCGGGCAACCCUGCCCUGCAAGUGAUCUGUCGGCGGGCCGCCGUUGUCGAGCUGGGGGCCGAGGUGAAGUGGGCGCGGCGCUACGUCGAGACUCGCCUCGGACUCGCGGCUGGCGGAGCGAGGGCUGCUGGCGCCGGCGUCGCGAACAGCGCGGGGCCCAAGGGCUCCGAGGGCUCUCGGGCAGGUCUUGGGCGUGCUGACUUCGCGGUGAAGGUCCUCAAGGCGUGCCGCAAGUCUGGGGUAUCUGCAUCGCUUGAAAAUCCUGCAUCCUCGAGGCUCCUGAAGUACCCACCCCUCGCCAGUAUGUUCAACAAGAUGAGGUGUGAGUCCAUUGAGUACCACUGUUGCCGCUACGGGGCCCCCUACAAGAAGCCCGCCGGCUUCAUCGCCAACCUCCCGGAGCUAAAAAUCAUUGGGAGAAAGUGCGCGUGCAAGGUCCCCCACGAGAUCUUCGAGGGCAAAGUGAAGGCCCUGGGCGGGGCCGGGACGCACGUCUGGAAAUGGCAGAUCUUUCUGGCCGCAGCUUACCCUCGAGGUCUGCGUCGCGUCGCCGCGGAGGGGCUCGAGAGGGGGGCCCUGGGUCGGAGCGCGCUUCGGCGGGAUGGCGAGCCGUUGCUCGACCCCCGCUGGGAGGGCGAGCUGGCCGCGGCCGCGCGGGUCGCGCAGCCGGAGCCGCUCGCGGCCCCUACCUGCACACGGCGGUUUGCUACUGGAUGGGAGCGCGCUGCCGGCCGCCAGCUCUGUGGCGACAGCGCGGAGCGACGGCGCCUCGCCCUCCGCUCGCUGGGCUGGGCGGCUGGCGAGCCGGGCGAGCUUCUCGGGGCUCGGCAGCGUCGGAGCUCCCACCGACGGGCGGUCGCCAAGGAGGUAGUCGCCACGCCCGGGCAAGAGAGCUACCUGAAGCAGAGGUCCGUGGGCCCGGCGACGUUGCGUGUCUACCAGCGCGAGUGCGACGACCUGACGGCGCGGUGGAAGGCGCAGCACCCGGUGGUCGAGACUCCCGAGGCGCGCGACAAGGCCCUCGAGAGCUACCUCGACAAGCUCUACUUCGACGGGGAGCCCUCCUCUCGCGCCAACAACGCCAUCCACGCGCUGAUGUUCCACAUCGACGAGGUCUGGGCCAAGUCGCCGCACUUCCCCCGGACCCGACGCGCCCUGCGCGGCUUCUGCAAAGCCUUGCAGGCCAGGUCGCGGGACGGCGGCCCCUGGGAGGCGGCCUUGGCCCUUGCCCGCUGGAUGGGCGAGCAGCGCAGCCUGGUCAUGGUGAACUCAGCGGCGCUGACGCUCGUGCUGUUUGACAGGUACCUGCGGGCCUCGGAGGGCCUCGGGCUGGGCCGAGACCAGCUCACCCCGCCACAGUGCGCCCGGGGAGGACGCCGCUGCUGGGCGGCGAUGAUCUGCACCGAAGAGGAGGGUCGUCCGACCAAGAGCGGCGACUUCGACGACGCGGUCAUCUUCGGCGAGACCUCGGAGAUCAGGCGGCCGUUCCUUUCGAUGGAGCUCUCGGUCCUCCACCGGGCGACCGCCGACGGAGAGCUGGCGUUCGCCGGCCUGGCGCCCGCGGGAUUCGAGCGCAUCUCCCAUCGAGGGGUGGAGGAGCUGAAAUUCGGCAGCCUGCAGCGCGCCGAGCUCGUGGCGGAGCUCGCCGGCGCCGCCAGCGAGAGGCGGCGCGAGGGAGGGGCCAGCACGCCCGCGGCCGCGCCGGCGGCGGCUGCGGAGGCUGCCCCGCGGCCGUGUACAGUGGACCGCGGCGGGUCUUCGUGUUCAGGCUCCCGGGCCCCCGGGCCGCCGCCCGAGCGCCGCGACGCGGGCGUGCAAUGCGACGCCGACAGCGUCGCGACGGAGCCGCGGGGAGACCCGCUGAGCUCACGGCAGGGCUUCGACCUGCUGGCGGGGCUGCUCGACAGCCCUGGCGCGGCGGCGCGGCAGUCGCUGCUGCUGCGGCUGCAGGGCGAGGAGCUCGGCGCCGUGGAGGCGGAGCUGGAGGCGUCCUUGCGCCUGGUGCGCAGAGAGCGCCACGAGAGGCUGGAAAGGCAGCUGCGCAGCGCCGAGCGGCGUCACGCGGAGGAGUGCCGUGGGCGGCAGAAUUUGGAGGAGGACCUUCCUCGAGGCCUCCCGCAGGCCGCCAAGACCACGCUGUUUAUGCCCUGCAGGCACCUCUGCACUUGCGAGGCCUGCGGUGCUCAGCUGGACGAUGCGUGCCCCAUCUGCCGGGCGGACAUCCGCGAGCGCGUCAAGUGCAUCCAGCCCUGAACGGAGGGCGGAUCCCCGGCGCCGCUGGCCCACGGGGGAAGGAAGAGGGGGACGCG